CUGAGCACUCAAACUAGUGCUAAGCCGCAGUCAGCUCUCAGGUAGGAAAGAGCACAUCUAGCCAACUAGCUUCGACUAGAAGUCCGGUCGGCCAUGGCUGCUGCUCCAGUGACGGUGCCGCGUAUGAAGCUGGGGUCGCAGGGGCUGGAGGUCCCGGCGUUGGGACUCGGCUGCAUGGGCAUGUCUGCCUACUACGGCCCCCCGAAGCCCGAGCCGGACAUGAUCGCGCUCAUCCACCACGCCGUCGCCGCCGGCGUCACCCUCCUCGACACCUCCGACGUCUACGGCCCCCACACCAACGAGAUCCUCCUCGGCAAGGCGCUGCAGGGAGGUGUGAGGGAGAAGGUGCAGUUGGCCACCAAGUUCGGCAUACGCCUGGAUGACGGUACCCGUGAGAUCCGCGGGGACCCGGCGUAUGUGCGUGCAGCGUGCGAGGGCAGCCUCAAGCGGCUGGGUGUGGACUGCAUCGACCUCUACUACCAGCACCGGAUCGACACCAGGGUGCCCAUCGAGAUCACGGUAGGUGAACUCAAGAAACUAGUCGAAGAGGGUAAGAUAAAAUACAUUGGCCUGUCAGAAGCAUCGGCGUCGACAAUCAGGAGGGCGCACGCAGUUCAUCCGAUCACCGCUGUCCAGAUGGAGUGGUCCCUCUGGUCAAGAGAUGUUGAAGCAGAAAUAAUCCCAACUUGCAGGGAGCUUGGCAUUGGAAUAGUGGCAUAUAGUCCACUAGGCAGAGGGUUCCUGUCAAGCGGGCCUAACCUGGUCAACACACUUUCUGAUCAAGAUUUCCGUAAGGAUUUGCCUAGGUUUCAGCCAGAAAACCUAGAGAAGAAUGCCUUGAUAUUUGAAAAAGUGAAUGCAAUGGCGGUAAGGAAGGGGUGCACGCCAUCUCAGCUGGCGUUGGCAUGGGUUCACCACCAGGGACCUGAUGUCUGCCCCAUACCUGGGACAACAAAAAUUGAGAACUUCAACAAUAAUGUGGCGGCCUUGUCCGUGAAGCUCACGCCUGAAGACAUGGCUGAGCUCGAGUCCUAUGCCUCGGCGGAUGUCCAGGGUGAUCGCUACCAUGACUUCCUCAACACUUGGAAGGAUUCUGAGACCCCUCCCUUGUCCUCCUGGAAGGCUGAGUAAUACAGCUACUUACGUGCACGGUCUGAUACCUGGGCUUUGUUAUACCUCCUGAUGUUGUUUUCAGGACGUUCCUUGGUGUUGGCAAAAAGCAAUGGCAACAUUUGUGAGUUGGGUGAUACUCGUGUAUGAUGGCGAGGUUGUGUUUUUGCAUGAAGUGAGAAAUAAUGCAGUGUAUGAAUAAAUUGUUAAGGAAAAAGUUCAGUUUACAUCCUUAAA